CCUUAAUCUCACUUCAUGUUCAUUCUCGUCGGUACGUUUGUAGUCAUCAUAUGUUACCUAGUUAAAUUAGGAGUAAACGGACAUAUAAAUUUUGUUGACUCUGUUGAUUGCAGCAAAUAUUUUCUAAAAUUCUUUUCCAAAUUUGUAACAAUUUAUUUAAAAAUGUCUGGAAUAUCUGCUUUGUUCAUUGUGGCUGAAGGAAGUGAAGAACUAGAAUUGGUAGCACCUGUUGACAUAUUACGCCGUGCUAAUAUUCAUGUUACAAUUGCUGAUUUAGCUGAUUCUGAGUAUGUUAAAACGAAAUCAAAUAUUUUUAUUAAAACAGAUGCCAAACUUAGUGAUGUAAAAAGUAAAAAAUUUGAUGCAGUUGUUAUUCCUGGAGGACCAUCAUAUAAAACUUUAGCUACAGCUGAUGUAGUUGGAGAAAUUUUAAAAGUUCAAGAAAAUUCUGGUGGUGUUAUAGCAGCUAUUUGUGCUGCACCUUAUGUAUUAUUCAAACAUGAAAUAGCUAAAGGCAAAAAAUUAACCUGUUAUCCUAGCGUUAAAAGUGAAAUUGAACAUGCAUACACCUACCAAAAUAAUACUACCGUUAUUGAUGGAAAACUGAUCACUAGCCAAGGACCUGCUACAGCUAUUGAAUUUGGAUUAAACAUAGUUGAAGUUCUUACUAAUCAAGAAGAAAAAAAUAAAGUAGCUAAAGCAAUUCUUUACUCUGAUUAAAUUAAAGAUAAAUUUCAAAAUAUUUAGUAUUAAUUAAUGCAUAAUGAAACUUGAAUAACAUGAAUUAUAUUUUAUUAAAAUAUAUGUGAAACUAUAUUGUAA